UAGAGAUCAAAAAAAUGGCGCAGAUGAACAGUGCAACACCAAUAUUGACGUCGCACUGUUCAUCCGUGAUCAAAUAGCGGAGGAAAAGAUGUUCGAUUGCGACUCAUGAGGGCCACCAUUCGGUUAUUUGUUGAAGGGUUGAAGAUGAUCUAAGCGGUGAAAAAGUAAGGAGAAUUGGAUUUAAGAUGUUAAUAGAAGUUUUAGAGGCGAUAUUAAGUAAAUAUUAAAUUUUGAAUGUGAGAGAUAAAUUCCAAUGCAUAUGGAUCAUAUAAAUUUUUUCAAUGAGAGAGAAAUUUAUAUGGGGAACUUGAGAUCCGCCGUUUCUUGCUUCCACCUUCAUUACAUUGACAGCCAUUGACGGAUCUUGAUAUUUGAGGACCUAAAAUUCUAAAACACAGACUGGUCUGUGCUUGUUUUUAUCAAUUAUUAGGGCUUGGCGCUCUUUACUGACUAUAACAUUUGUAUUUUCUUCGUCCUCGCGACAGAGAAGAAACUAGAAAAACCCUAGUUUUUUUUUUUUCAUUCUGCUCGGCUCGAGGAAAAAUGGCGGAUGGGUAUUGGAGGUACGCGGACCCGCGCCAGCAGUUGGCGGAGGCUCCAACACCCGCUUCGUUGAAGCGCCCUCGCCCCGAGUAUGGCGAUAUGCCGGGUGCUCCAGAGAUGCUUGGUUACCAUCCUCGGAAUGAAGAUAGGACAGCUCUUGGUAUCAUUAGGGAUGCAGGGCCCAUAAAUUCAUCUUAUGAUCCCUAUUUACGGAAUGGGUUGUCUUCUUAUGUUGCUGCUGAUGCUGGAAGGUCCAUUGGUGGAGGAGUAAGUGGCCGUCCAGUUGAUGAUCCACGUGUGCCAGGUCAUGCAGGGAUGGAUAGCCGGGUAAUUGGAUACAGUAGUGGGAGGAUAGAAGCACCUCUUCCUCCAGAAGCAUCAAACACUUUGUUUGUGGAAGGUCUCCCCGCUGACUGUACACGCAGAGAAGUGUCUCGUUUCCAGGAGGUGAGACUUGUGACCAAGGAUUCCAGACAACCUGGACGAGAUGCAUUUGUGCUGUGCUUCGUUGAUUUUACUAGACCUAGCCAGGCUGCAGUAGCAUUGGAUGCUUUGCGAGGUUAUUGUUUUGAUGAGCAUGAUCGAGAGUCAGCCCGUUUGAGGCUGCAGUUCGCUCGCUUUCCUGGUCCACGUUCUUCUGCUGGGCCUCGUAGUAGGCGUUAAUUUUCUUGAUGAACAGAAGUGGUACUUGGCGUUAUUUGCUGAUGAAACAUUUACUCCUUAAUGGUAUUUAGCCGUUGCGUGUAUUUGAUUAUUCCCCGUCAUUCUCUGGUUGGCUCGUUUUGUAUGGAUGAUUCAAAUGAGAGAUGUGGCUAGUAAGCUACCUUUGACGACUAUCAAUUUUCAUGGUUUUUGAUCCGAUUUCUAUUAGUGCUACUAUGACCUGCGUUCAAACUUCUCAAGUUAGUGCUUAAGUUAAUCCUUCUGUAGGAUUUUGAUUAUGUUCUAUGUAUCUUUAAGAUGCCAGGCUACUUUAUUUAUGUAACGACUAUAAAAUCUCGUUGGAGACUUGAUUUGGUAAUUGCAGGGAAAUUCAGUUGGUUUAUUUUCCAAAAAGCGUUGCUUUUGUGGAGAUUGUUGAACCUUCACUUUUGGUGUUUUAUGCCAAAGUUGCAACUCAAUCGUGUGGUACAAAAUAUGUAUAGAACAUAUGGAUAGUUUCCGAUUCUUUGCAUUGACA